CCAAGUGUCCCUCUACCUGGCAUCACCAACCACCCCCUUUUCCCCACCACCCUACCCCAAAAAACACACACAGAGAGAGCAUCAAUCAUCCCAACCAUGGCAUCUCCUAUUUCUCUCUAUAAUUUCACACACAAACACACACCCAAAUAAAUAUCCUUACUUUUAAUUUCCACUAGCUUUUUAUGGUGUCCAAUAACUAGCUUUUUUUUGCGGUUUUUUUUUAUCCACCUCUAUUUGUUAAUUUUUUGUUGGGUUUUUAGAGAUUAAAGAUUAGAUUUUUUGAGUUUGUUUUAGGACAUUUAAUACGAGAAAGCUUAAAUUUUGGUGGGUUUUGUCAAGAAUUGGGAGAAAAUUGAAAAAGUUUGAAGCUUUGGGGUAAUCAGAAUUGAGGAGGACGGGCAUUUUCUUUAUAAGGGCAUUGAUGAUUCUUGGUGGACAUGGUUGUUAACUUUCUCAGAACAUUCGAGUUACUGAAUUUGGGAGUGUUGAGGUGUGACUUUGGAGUAUUACGAGUUCUGAUACUAACUCAUAAAGGAUGAAGGUGUUGGAAUUUUGAGUGAAUAAAGGCUGGAAUUUUGAUUGCUAAGUGAGAGAGCAGCAACCUUUGCUACACUCUAUGGAUAGCCCCACAAUGACCAACCCUGGCUCACUUUGUAGUUCUAACGAUGACACGCCACGUGUGAAGUUCUUGUGUAGUUUUUCGGGCAGUAUAUUGCCGAGGCCUCAGGAUGGGAAGCUUCGGUAUGUGGGCGGUGAGACAAGGAUAGUGAGUGUUCCACGCGAUAUUUCUUUUGAGGAACUCAUGGCGAAAAUGAGGGAGAUCUUUGAGGGGGCAAUGGUAUUAAAGUAUCAGCAGCCUGAUGAGGAUCUUGAUGCUCUUGUCUCGGUAGUGAAUGAUGAUGAUGUGGUCAAUAUGAUGGAGGAAUAUGAUAAGUUGGGUUCUGGUGACGGAUUUACUAGGCUCAGGAUCUUUCUGUUUUCUCACCCUGAUCAAGAUGGAUCGUUGCAUUUCUGUGAUGGGGAUGAGAGGGAUAAUGAGAGAAGGUAUGUGGAUGCUUUGAAUAGUCUUAAUGAAUCCCCGGAAUACAGAACGGCACAACAUAAUGAAUUUCAGAUUACAGGUCCAUUAGAUGAUCUCCACGUUGCGGAGCAGUGCUUUAAUCAGAUGAAUCUUGAUGGUAGCCUCCAUAAUCUGAGGAGUAACGAUGCACAUAUGCCUCAGAUCAACUUGCGUCACCUUACAAUUCCACAUAUGGGUUUUGCUCAGCCCCAACAAUCGGUUAAUCAGAGGUAUAAUGAAAUGGAGGCCCCGUGGAGUCCAGCAUACUAUUCUCCUAGGCAGCCGGGACACCUUGAUCCACGGCCAAUAUCAGAUUUUCCAAAUUCUCCUUCAUCAUCGCGGUACUAUUCUCCCUACCCAGAGUUCCAAGAGAAAAGUUUUGAUAGAAUGCCUGAAGAGUACAGUCGUCUUCAGGUCAAUCAUCCAUCCCUAUAUGAUCAUCAACCUCAAUAUACGGAUAACGUACUAUUAUUUCCGAAUGGACCUGUACCAGACAAGGCUGGCUUUCCAGGAAACAUCCUUCACGGUGCUAACACAUUUGAGGGGAACAGUAUCUGUGAGCAUUGCCGAAUGACUUUUCAGCGCAAUCAACCUCACCCCGAUUCCUCUUGGAAGCCUGGAGAACAUUCUCAUUUUGAUAUGGGAAAUGGAUUCCACCAGGUUGCAAAUCCUUGUGCUGAGUGCCCACCAAAAAGAGAAAUGUUUCCAGUGACUGCCGAUGCCAAUUUGCACCACUCAUACUACCCCAUCGAACAAAAUGAUCCUCGUUGCCGUCAGAGUGAGACUCAUAGUCAUGAAAGAGGGUGGAGCGUGCAGCAUCAACCAAAUGCUCGAGUUGAGGACCCACAGAUCCAUGCGUCUGGAGCUAGUAGGUUGACAGAUCACUAUGUUGUGGAAAAUGCUGCCAGUAUAUCACUUUCCCAUAGCAAUUUAAUUGACGGGCAUCAGGUCCUUGCACAAGGUCUCAAUUAUGAAGACCUUCGUCACAUUCGAACUGGACGGGAUCCUGUUAGCCAGGUAUAUCAUGAUCAGGUGGUAGCCACAGGAUCUCAGAUUCAUCUUCCCUCCAUGGAGGACCGUGGAGUUCGAUAUGGAAAUCUACCUUAUGCUUACGGACCAGAUGCAACCUACCAGGUUCCUCAAGCAAACAUGCCUGCACAUUCUUUGUGGAGGAAUGUUCAAAGCCCAAGUCACGGAGGUCCUUCAUACGAGGUUGCUAAUCCACCACAGUUGGUCAAUGGUUCUGCUAGUCCUGGAUUUGUCAGGGGUAUAAUGGAAAAUAGUCCUAGGUUGCAAGCUGGGAUGGAGAACCAAAAUUCUUGGCUUGAUUCUUCACAGAAAAGGAUGGGAUUUGAUGGUUUUUCCGUGCCUGAAUAUUCUUAUGUACCAGCCCAAAACAUGAUAUCAAAUGCUCACACUGUGGGAAAUCAGUCCGUGCAUACUGUGGAAGCUAUUCAGACCCCAGGUGGCAUGCACACUUUUGCAACUCUGGAGGAUCCGUCGUUAAAAUCUGAUUCAGAACCAUUCCUUGGUGAUAGGCCGGCUUCGUUGAAUAGGUCUGGAACAAAGUUAACUGCUGAUAUGUGUGUCAGCGAGAAGGAGAGUUUUAUUCGCCAGGAAGUUGAACAGCUAUGUCCUUCAGUGUUGGUGGAAGACUCUAAUAUGUGCAGCGGGACUCCGUCAGAAGCAUUAAUGGACAAAAAUCCAAAUACCCCUGUAUCUCUUGGGUCCACUUGCCCAGAAAGUGCUGUAAAAGAAGGUGGUUCUGCCGAUACUGAGACUAACCCAAAGGAUCGGUUGGCUUGCUUACCUGAUCAGAUUUCUUCUGUGGAAAAGGUAGAAUUACAAAGUGUUAAGGGUGUAAAAGCUGAAGUCCAAGAAAAUGCUGAUUCCAUUCAUGAGCAUGACACUGCGGCUAAAGUGGCGAAUGAGAACGAUGCAGAGUUAGCUGAUGGCCAUGGGGGCUUGGAAUUUGAUUCUGACGACAAUGUUAACAAUUCCAAGAUUGAGCCGACAAAGGCUGAGGAAGAAGCUAUUGAGAAGGGAUUGCAGACAAUCAAGAAUGAAGAUCUCGAGGAAAUCCGGGAGUUGGGUUCUGGGACAUAUGGAUCAGUUUAUCACGGAAAGUGGAAGGGGUCAGAUGUCGCUAUAAAGAGAAUCAAAGCCAGCUGCUUCGCAGGAAGGCCAUCUGAAAGAGAACGUUUGAUUGCAGAUUUCUGGAGGGAAGCUCUGACAUUAAGUUCACUGCACCAUCCAAAUGUUGUUUCUUUUUACGGUGUAGUCCGUGAUGGCCCUGAUGGAUCUUUAGCAACUGUUACAGAAUUCAUGGUCAAUGGAUCGUUGAAGCAGUUUUUACAGAAAAAGGACAGGACUAUUGAUCGUCGUAAAAGGCUUAUCAUUGCCAUGGAUACUGCUUUUGGAAUGGAGUAUCUGCAUGGGAAAAACAUUGUUCACUUUGAUCUUAAAUGUGAAAAUCUGUUGGUGAAUAUGCGGGAUCCACAUCGACCUGUCUGCAAGAUUGGUGAUCUUGGCCUAUCAAAGGUGAAACAGCACACUUUAGUCUCAGGAGGUGUUCGUGGCACUUUACCCUGGAUGGCACCUGAGCUUCUAAGUGGAAAAACUAAGGUGACAGAGAAGAUUGAUGUUUACUCUUUUGGAAUUGUUAUGUGGGAGUUGCUUACUGGUGAUGAACCAUAUGCAGAUAUGCAUUGUGCUUCAAUAAUAGGAGGAAUUGUUAACAAUACACUGCGUCCACAAAUUCCAACAUGGUGUGAUCCCGAAUGGAAAGCGCUGAUGGAGAGUUGUUGGGCCCCUGAGCCGGCAGAGAGGCCAUCAUUCUCAGAAAUCUCUCAAAAAUUGAGAACUAUGGCAGCGGCAAUGAACCUGAAAUAAUGCCUGUUUCAGGAGUUACCAUACUCGCUCCUUCCAAAACAGUUAGUCAUUCACAUGUUGACUGAGAAAGAUGAAAGGAUAGCGCAUGUUUCACUUCGAAGUUGUUACCGUCUCCCAAGAUGGCACCAAACUAUAAUAAACAUUCUUAAAUAUGUUUUCUCGUCCGGUAACUUCAUAUGGCCUAUUAACAAUAUGAAGUCAUUGCAACACGGACGUCCUAGUGCUAUAUUCAAGAUCAUAUUACAAUACUUUGAAUUAUACUAUGAUCUUGAAGCCGAGUAGUACGUUUAUGCAUCUUCCGAAAGACCAUUGGGGUUGGCCGGCAUUUCAACUUUGUCAAGGUCUCAGCAUAUGUUAAGGUUAUGAUGAUGCUGGUGCAGUUCAUUCAGAUAUUGAUUUUUCUUGUUUCAGAUAUCUGUUGGAACUGGUAAAGCAGUGUAUAUAAAUUAAUGAUAAUUUAUACAUCUGAAGUUAUAUGAUUUUCAUUUUCUGUAUUACAUUAGCAUACAGCUAUACAAUAUAAAAUCUGUAGGCAGGUAAGUUGCUCUCUUUUGCAAUGAAGGAAGCAGCCAUUGCUCUACCUAGUUGAA